UUAUACCCUGUGACAGAGCUUCAUUCACUCUCAGAUCACAGGACCUCUUCUGUCCUCCUGCUUGCUGCCUCUUCACAGGCCGGAGUGUUAUCUCUGGAGGAAGUGAAGGAUUGUUCUAAGGGUGUUGGUUUAAGGUGCACCAUGCUGCAGGACCCACACAGUGAUGGAUGCAGCUGCGUGUUAAAGAGAGGACCCUUCUUCUGCUGGAGCCAAAACCAAACAUUCAGGACGUCAGAGCAACCUCAACUUUCCCUGCAGCAGGUCCCUCUCAGGAGCAGAGCCAGCUCGGUUUCCCUCACAUCGGGAUUUUAGAGGUCAUUUAAAGUGCUUUUAUCGGCUCUCUGUUGCUGGUGUCCAGUCCUCCCGGGAUCAGGGAGAUGUUUUCCGGGCUCCUCGCCUCCUCCUGGUGCCCGAACAGCGGAUCUGAGAGGAGAUGAGAGCCGCGGCGUGGCUCCUGCUGGCCGGCUGUUUCUGCACCGCUGCUGAGGAGGCUCCUCUCCCCCGGGAGCUGCUGGAGCUUCUGUCCGGCAGUGAAAUCCGGAGCGUCAGCGACCUCCAGCGGCUGCUCGAGACUCAGUCCGUAGCGAACGAGGUGAUGGAGGAGACCAAACACAGAUACCGCAAGGACGUCUCUCACAGCCUCCCCGACCUGAAGAGAGCACACACAGACACCCGACGCAGGAGGAGCACCGUGUUGGAGGAGGCUCUUCCCGCCGGUUGUAAGGUCCGCUCGGUGGUCUAUGAAAUCCCCCGCAGCGCCGUGGACGCCUCCGCCGCUAACUUCCUGCUGUGGCCGUCGUGCGUGGAGCUGCGGCGCUGCACCGGCUGCUGCAACACCGGGAACAUGAGGUGCAGCGCGGCACGCACACACACCCGCACCGUCAAGGUGGCGAAAGUGGAGUUUGUGCGGCGGCGUCCGAAGCUGAGGGAGGUGCAGGUGAAGCUGGAGGAUCACCUGGAGUGCACCUGCACCAACAGACGCUCAACACACACACACACACACACAGACAACGGUAUCAGGUGAGGAGGAGGAGGAGGAGGAGGAGGAAAUCCAAUACGCCCGCCGGCCCAGUUUGAUGGAGAAUAUUCUGGGACGUUUGGUGCAGGAUAUCGGACUCUCUGGACCUUUACUUUGAAAGGGUUGUGACAGAACAAACUGGAUUCCUGCUGCGAUUCCUCGACAGAGAAAAGCAGUUAGAUGCUGUCGGCAGAGAGGUGCAUUCUGGGAAACCUGAAGACUUAUUGUCAGCCUCUCCUGCUCAGUGUGUAACCUGCUCACAGACUGGGAUUAUGCUCGGAUCCUUCCUGUAGACUGGGAUUAUUUUCGCUCAUGCACGUUCAUUCUCUCAUUUUUAUAACCUGACACUUUCUAUCUCUGUCUGUUUGUAUCAAAGACCGGAGGAGC